CGGGUUUAUAUGAACUGCAACCUGCGUUUUAUUUUCUACUACUUCGCGAUCACUCCCUCCUACCUAAACUCCUCGCAGAAAUAGAACGUAGUAAUGGAGAAAGGAGGGAAAGGGUUUUCUCUACCCACCAAGACAGCACGAAAAUCUUCUCUCAAAUCCACCACCGCAAAACAAGCUUCCUUGAAAGGGAAGGAUGAUAGCUCAGCAAAGUCAAAGAGGGCAAUGAAAGUUCAGUUUGAUAUUGAAGGUUCACUUGGUGGGAAGUUUGAAACUCUACCACCCAAAGGAGAUUCAAGCAAAUGGGGAAAAGGAGACAAGACUGCUAAAGGUGGGAAGGGUUCAGUUUCUAAACCACCACCACCACUGGAGCUCAAAAUUGAGCAAGAACUCCCAGAAAAUGUCAAAUGCAUGAUGGACUGUGAGGCUGCAGAUAUUUUACAAGGAAUCCAAGAUCAGAUGACCAUAUUAUCCAAAGAUCCAGAAUUUAAACUCCCCCCAUCAUUUGACAGGGGGCUGCUGUAUGCCAAAAGGGUUGACCAUUAUACAAGUCCCCCGUCUGUUAGACAAGUUCUUCAGACUCUCAAGAAAUAUGGUGUCUCUGAUGGCGAGAUGUGCGUCAUUGCCAAUGCUUGUCCAGAACUUGUAGAUGAAGUUUUUGCUCUGGUCCCAUCCUUGAAGAAUAAGAGAAGCAAGCUCAGCGAACCCCUCAAAGAUGUACUAGGUGAGCUAGCUAAGCUUAAGAAGUCAACUAGCUUAGAAAGUCAAAUGAAAAGUGCUGAUGCUGGCAACCCUGGUAAUGUCGGGGGCCUGGGAGUAGUGGAUUGAUAGAUUUUUGCAGCCCUUACAAGACAUCAGAAUUGUCUCCAAUCCUUUGUGUAACAUGUUCUUGUCCUUGACCGCUUGGUAAAUGUACAAACGUUUCUUUUUGGUUUUUUAAUUUUCAAUCAGGGAUGCAAUGGGAGUGGAAACUUUUAUUAUGCAAUUAUUAGACUCCAGUGACCAACUUAA